UGAACCAGACAAUGUUGAGUAAUAGGAGAGCGUAUUCUGACCUGUACGUCAGAUUAAUGUCAGCAGAUAUAGAGAGAGAGAAGGCUCAGUACACAAUCUGGAAGCGACGCGUGGAGGACUGGAGACAGCUCAACACAGAUCUAGCCAUCGAGCACUUCAGUAACUUUAUGCAAGAAGAAAAGAUUAUCACCCCUCCAGGAGUGACAAAAGUCUUCAACUUUAUGAUAGCUGAACAAGAACUGAUCAAUAAGAGAAGAUUAGAAGUUAUCACACAGCUUUGUGAUCUAAAGCCCCCAGCCUCCACAAAAACAGCUGUUUACCAGUGGGAUAAAACAAUAAAAAAUCUCACCAAGGAAAUAGAUUCUGUGAACCAGCUGCAUUUGUCCAAACUUCAUGCUGAAUAUGAGAAAGUUUGUCAGGAUUGUUUAGAGAAAAUCGAAUUCAUUAAGAAAUCUCUGAUUGAUGACGGGAUUUGUGCCCCUCCCCGAGCCCAGCAGGUGGUGGAUCAGAACAUGCUCCCCCUGGUGGGAGAGAGACAGAGGGUGUUUGAGAACAACUUAGAAACAAUGGAGAAAGACCUAGAGAAAUACAUGAAGGAGACAACAGAGAGACUUAAGAUGUUGUUUAAGUUUGCUCAGGGAGCUGCCCAUGUUUGGGAUGUUCAUGAGAUUGGACUCGCAAAACAGGAGCGAGCAUUGCAGGAAAAACUGGAGCAAUGUCGGCAGAUGCAUGACAACCAAAACCAGGAAAAGGAGGCUCAUUUAGACAUCAUCAUGGACAGGAUGAGGCAAGAUGCGACAGAGAAACAACUAAAAGACAGCUUAGAGAAAGCCUUAAGUAUGCUGGGCAGAAUAAAAGAGGCGUAUGAGAUUUUUCACAAUGAGCAGAUGGACAUUGUUAAGAAUUGA